UGUGUGGAAACUGCUUCUCAACCAAGCCCAAUUUUCAUGCGUGAGAGCAAAAGUAGUGGUGAGGGUUCCGUUCAGUUCGCUUUAUUCCAAGACAGAGUCUGUCGCUGUGUGCAGAGUGCCGCGCAUGUCCGUGGUAGAUCCACAUCCUGUCAGGGUUACCAUCCUUUUAGUCUUCUGAGCUAAGCUGGGCUGUGCUGCCUUUAGGUUGACAUCAUGGACAUCUGUGAGUCAAUCCUAGAGAGGAAACGGCAUGACAGCGAAAGGUCCACCUGCAGCAUCCUGGAGCACACAGACAUUGAGGCCGUGGAAGCUCUUGUUUGCAUGAGUUCCUGGGGCCAGAGAUCCCAGGUGAGGCCCCUCACGCCUGUCUCCGACUCUGGUGACAUCUCCGCCUCUGUGCUUAUGGACACAGCUGCACCUGACCUACCAAAGGACUUCCAUUCUUUCUCAACUCUGUGUAUAACUCCUCCUCAGAGCCCAGAGCUCACAGAGCCAUCAACAGGCACCCCUGUUAUUUCCCAAGUCACCGAUUCCAAAGGAUGCAUGGUCACAGCUCUUCCCCCAUCCCCUACUGGGGCCCCCAGAGCAUUGAGCAAUAGGGAGCCACUGGAGCCGGCCUCAGGGUCGUCCUGCAGGGCUGUGGUGACAAGUGUGAUCCGUCACACCGGGGAGAGUCCUGCUCCUGCGUGCUUUCCGACUGUCCCAACUCAAGAGCAACCACCGUCGGGUGACAGAGAAGGACAAGUACAGUUGCUGGGCCGUCUUGAGACUUUGCAGGACACACACUUGGCAGAUAGUAUACUCACUAACACGGUUUCCUGUCAGCCUUGCUUGCACAAGUCUGGUGGCUCAUUGCCCACCGACAAAGGCCAGCAGACAGAAUGGCCCACUGCUGUUCAGACCUGCUUACCAAAGAAUUCUGAAAGUGACUUGUCAAGGAAAACCACUCCUCUGAUUCCUGUCCCUGUCACCAGCCCCCCUGUUCUUUGCCAAAUGAUUCCUGUGGCUGGACAGAACAGCAUGUUUUCGGCUUUUUUGAAGCCUCCUCCCCAGUUGCCUGCAGGGACUGUCAAGCCCAUCCUACCCCAAGCUGCUUCAGUGCCCCAGCCUGUGUUCAUGGGCCCGUCUGUGCCUCAGGGAACCGUGAUGCUGGUCUUGCCACAGAGCACCUUCCCCCAACCUGCUACUUGCCCAUCCAGUGUCAUGGCCAUCGGAAAUACCAAGCUGUUGCCCCUUGCCCCUGCUCCAGUGUUCAUUGCCUCCAGCCAGAACUGUGUCCCUCAGGUAGACUUUUCCCGAAGGAGGAACUAUGUUUGCAAUUUCCCGGGCUGCCGGAAGACCUACUUCAAGAGUUCCCACCUUAAGGCUCAUCUUCGCACUCACACAGGGGAAAAGCCUUUUACCUGCAGCUGGGAAGGCUGUGACAAAAAGUUUGCAAGGUCAGAUGAACUGUCUCGCCACCGCAGAACCCACACGGGGGAGAAGAAGUUUGUGUGUCCUGUGUGUGACCGACGCUUCAUGAGGAGCGACCACCUGACCAAGCAUGCUCGUCGCCACAUGACAACCAAGAAGAUCCCAGGCUGGCAGGCAGAGGUGGGCAGGCUGAACAGAAUCGCCUCGGCAGAGAGCCCCGGCAGCAUCCUGGAGCCCUUGCCGGCCUCGGGCUGAGACAGCCUUCUGCGGCAUUCUUUGAAGGCCUCUUUGGGACUGAAACCUGU